GCUGCGUACGCGCAAAGUUCUGUUCCCCAGAUCAGUGACCAUAUUUUAGAUCGCUCAUCUUUCUGUAUUGCAACUGGGAAGCGAUAGAUAAAUAGCACAACAUGGGCUUAUUCGACAACCCUCCGUCAUCCCAACCUUUUGGAGGUUCAGGCACCACGGGCUUCUUUCCCGCGACAAAUACAGCUUCUUCAAAUCCAGGAGCCAAUGCGUUCCCCUCUUCUAAGGUUGGGGGUGCAGCUACCACAACCGCUGCUCCGAGCACUCCUUCUUUCUUCACACCUCCCGUUGCAAAUACGGCUGCAGCUGGUGGACAAACGCUUGGAGGGACCGGCCUCUUUGGAUCUAUAGGCGGUGCAUCUACUGGGCAAGCGCUUGGAAGUUCGCCUGCAUUGACUUUUGGGUCUGCGGCGGCGACUGCACCUUCCACAACCGCAUCGGGAGCAGCAGGUUUUAAUUUUGGACCUUCAUCAAGCCUUGGAACCACUAGCGGUCCGACCGUGGGAUCUGCAAUCGGUUCAUCAGCUUCUAGUGCUGGAACUCCUGGAUCAGUACCUGCGUCACAGCCUGCGGCAACGCCAUCAAGUCAGCCACAGGGAGGCUUUUUUCCAACUGCAACGAAACCACUCACAACACAAGCACCUGUUACUCCAGCAGCUAAUAAGAUCGCCAAAGCCCCUGCAGGAACACCUGGGCCUUUGAAGCUGGGGGAUUUGGCAACACCAAGCACGUCAGCGGCAACUGGAGCAGCGAGUGGAGCACCUGCCACUAAAGCGGGAGAAACUGCCACCGCACAAGCGGAACUCUCAUUCUCUACUCUCAAAAACAGAACCAUGGAGGAAAUUUUGCAGCGCUGGAACCAAGAACUUGAUCAGUGCACCAAAGAAUUUCAUCGGCAAGCCGUGGAAGUGCAAAACUGGGACCGCAUUAUCUUAGAAAACAGUUACUCGAUUUCCAAGCUAUGUGAACAGUUGAAUGAAGCGGAAACGUUGCAGAAGGAGAUAGAUGACAAUUUGGGCUACAUCAGUUCUCAGCAAAAUUCUCUUGACAGCGCCUUGGCUCAAUACGACGCAGAUCUUCAGCGAAUUAUCCAGAAUGAGAUGGCCUCGAUGCAAAACAGGCACAGCCACGCAGAUGAAGAGCGAGAAAGGGCGUAUUCAUUGGCAGAGUCGCUGAAUCUUCAGCUAGAUGAGAUGGCGUCCCAGCUGUCUGUCCUGAUUGGGGAAAUAAACGCUUCAAAGGGCGAAGAAAUUGAUGGUGGGCUGGGCAGCACCGGGGAUGGAGAUUCUCUUUUGGGUGAUGGAGAAGAACCGAGUCCUGUUGGUGCAAUCGUCCGUAUCCUUAAUGAACAUCUAUCAUCGCUGGAGUGGCUCGACAGCAGCACCGCGGAUUUGGCCCAGAGGGUUCAGAAUCUCGUCCGAACAUCAGAUGAAGGACUCAGUCAUGUCGAUCGUGCGCAUCGAGGUGGUGCAGCGACAGGCGCGUUCGAUUCAACAACGCCAGCGAGACCCUCCAUCACCUCGCUGUUUGGAGUUUCGUCCACUGCUGAUAGAUUAGCACGUUAAGGAGAAUAUAUAUAUCACUGUGUCCCAAAUGAUAUCCGGCCCAUGCUGGUAGUGAGCUAUUGACGAGAUAUCCAUGCUGUACGAUGGGACGUUAAUUCGUGACUGUUGAAAUUUGCGCAUAAAUAUAAUAUUAAAGGACAGCUCUUAAAUGUAACUCUC